CGUUGGUCUCGGAUCCUCGCGCACUUAACCCUGUCGGGCAUAUUUAUCCCUCGACUCGACCUUUUCCAUGAUGCUCUUCAAUCAACAUGGGCCCGGGGUAACCUUACAAACUCGGGCAAACAUAUAGACGUCGGUGAUGAGCGUCGCGGAGACAUCAGCUGGCUGAUUGACCGACCGACCAUCUGCCUCCUCGGCCAGCGGAACACGCUGCCAGUGCAUGGCGACGACGCACCUUAUGGCCAAUGUAGGUAUAGUACUACGAGACAGGUAGGGACAAGACAGCCAAGUAUAUCUUUGAGACGCCUGGCCCUUUCUCCUGUUCUGUUGUUGUAUUCUACUCUCCUCUGCUGUUCCAUUCUCUUGCGCGCAUCACUCAAAUACAACUCCGCUGCCUCUACAACUUGAAUCUCUUGAGACAACAUGGGCUCGUCACCAGCUUUCACGUACUUUUCCAAAGCGCAGAAGGAAUUCAAGCCUCCCCUGAUCGCAAACGAGAACGCCUACCUCGGGGACAUCGCCAGCAGUGACAAAAAUGACCCGGAGAAGCCCAUCAGCGCCGGCUUCUACCGCCUCGAAAAGGGCACUCCCUUAGUCUACACUUAUACCUACCAUGAGAUGAAGAUCAUUUUGGAAGGAGAGUUUGAUAUCAAGGACGAAACCGGCCAAUCUGUGCAUGCUGUCGCGGGAGACGUCUUUUAUUUCCCCAAGGGUGCCGUCAUCACAUUCACAACAAAUUCAUACGGGUUGGCGUUCUAUACCGGCCAACGAAAAGAGGGAGCUGCAUGAGCGAGACGAAGGAAAGAAAAGAUAACACAUGAGGACAAGAAGCUAGUCUUUAGAAUCAAAAAUCCUUUCUACUGUUCAGACAUCCACCGGCUGAUCUAUGCUUAUCUUGCCCUUUUGAUCCGACGCCAAGACUGACACAAAACAAAACACGCCAUGAAAACCAACAAGAUACCAAAUAUGGUGGAGGUGGAGGCGGAGUGACCGCGGUGUUCAACUUCAACUCCACCUCCACCUUCCGCCACUGGCAGUCAGAGGGCAGACUCUGUGGGUUUUAGACAGUCUUUGAUAAACACCUCCAGAUCGUCAAUUUCCUGCAUGUCCGCUGAGUGCGGGAGACCCCUAUGCAGCAUCAGCAUCAGCAACCAGAUCCAUAUCAUGCACGUCCUAGACCCA